GUAACUUCCGGGUAAAUAACUGGAGGAAAACACGUGUCUGAACGUCACCUACUUGUUUUUCAACUGCUUUGUGUACACGAAGCCGAAUGGCCAAAAAUAUGGAGAUCAGACUGCCACAAAAGAAAUAUUACAGACAGAGGGCGCAUUCCAACCCAAUGUCAGACCACAUAGUUGAUUACCCCAUCAGACCAGACACCAUGGAUUGGUCAGAGUAUUAUCCAGAGUUUUGUAAGCCUCUUCCAAACACUAAACAUGAUGAUGAAGAAAAUGAUAUGGAAACAUCUGAUAAAGGGAGACUACCCCGAGUUGAAUUUGCAGACAUUGGAUGUGGAUACGGAGGCUUGUUGGUCCAGUUAUCCCCCAUAUUUCCUGACUCCUUGAUGUUAGGAAUGGAGAUUCGAGUGAAAGUGUCAGACUAUGUAAAGGAUAGAAUCAAAGCUUUGAGGGAAAACAGUCCAGGAAAAUACCAGAAUAUUGCUUGCAUCAGAACAAAUGCCAUGAAAUUUUUGCCAAAUUUUUUCCAGAAGGGUCAGCUCACAAAAAUGUUUUUUCUGUUUCCUGACCCUCACUUCAAGAAAACUAAACAUAAAUGGCGGAUCAUAAGUCAGACUCUUUUAGCGGAGUAUGCCUACGUCCUGAGUAUUGGAGGUAUUGUGUAUACUAUCACUGAUGUAAAGGAUCUGCAUGAUUGGAUGGUACAGCAUUUCGAUGACUUUCCGCUGUUUGAGCGAAUCUGUGAUGAGGACAUGAAGUCAGAUAUUGUUGUUGAGAAGUUGUACGAGAGCACUGAGGAAGGUCAAAAGGUCACAAGGAAUAGCGGAGAUAAAUACCUGGCUGUGUUUAAACGAAUCGAGGAUCCUGUAGUCUCCACUAAAUCAUCACUUCCACCAAGCUGACUAGUCUCCACUAAUAAAUAGCAUCAUGUUAAAUUUAAAUAGCUGAUGUUUGUUUUCUUAUUUUUAGGUCACCUGAGACAAAGUCUCAAG